GUGAAAUGGCCCGUACCAAGCAAACUGCCCGUAAGUCGACCGGAGGUAAGGCCCCUCGCAAGCAGCUGGCCACCAAGGCUGCUCGCAAGAGUGCUCCGGCCACCGGAGGAGUGAAGAAGCCGCAUCGUUACCGUCCGGGAACCGUAGCCCUGCGCGAGAUCCGUCGCUACCAGAAAUCGACCGAGCUGCUGAUCCGCAAGCUGCCCUUCCAGCGCCUGGUUCGUGAAAUUGCCCAGGACUUCAAGACCGAUCUGCGCUUCCAGAGCUCGGCCGUGAUGGCCCUGCAGGAGGCCAGCGAGGCGUAUCUGGUCGGCCUGUUCGAGGACACCAAUCUGUGCGCAAUUCAUGCAAAGCGCGUCACCAUCAUGCCGAAAGACAUCCAGCUGGCUCGCCGCAUCCGUGGAGAGCGACCACCACCAAUAUUGAUCAAAAAGAUAUUUCGCAAACCUUCUGCAUUUACAAAAAAAAAACGGGAAGAUCGUAGCGAACGCACUCUCUUACGCACCCAAGCUAUCAACAUGUCUGGCCGUGGCAAAGGAGGAAAAGUUAAGGGAAAGGCAAAGUCCCGCUCGAACCGUGCCGGUCUGCAGUUCCCAGUUGGCCGUAUCCAUCGUCUGCUACGCAAAGGCAACUAUGCCGAGCGCGUCGGUGCUGGUGCACCAGUGUAUUUGGCUGCCGUAAUGGAAUAUUUGGCCGCUGAAGUGCUCGAGUUGGCAGGAAACGCUGCCCGAGACAACAAGAAAACGCGCAUCAUCCCGCGUCAUCUGCAGCUGGCCAUCCGCAACGAUGAGGAAUUGAACAAGCUGUUGUCCGGCGUCACCAUUGCUCAGGGUGGUGUGUUGCCGAACAUCCAAGCCGUGCUGCUGCCGAAGAAGACCGAGAAGAAGCUUAUUCUGAAGCAUACUAUCAACGCAGCCAGACGUCUUUACACGUUCCACUACCCAACCAGUGAAAUGGCCCGUACCAAGCAAACUGCCCGUAAGUCGACCGGAGGUAAGGCCCCUCGCAAGCAGCUGGCCACCAAGGCUGCUCGCAAGAGUGCUCCGGCCACCGGAGGAGUGAAGAAGCCGCAUCGUUACCGUCCGGGAACCGUAGCCCUGCGCGAGAUCCGUCGCUACCAGAAAUCGACCGAGCUGCUGAUCCGCAAGCUGCCCUUCCAGCGCCUGGUUCGUGAAAUUGCCCAGGACUUCAAGACCGAUCUGCGCUUCCAGAGCUCGGCCGUGAUGGCCCUGCAGGAGGCCAGCGAGGCGUAUCUGGUCGGCCUGUUCGAGGACACCAAUCUGUGCGCAAUUCAUGCAAAGCGCGUCACCAUCAUGCCGAAAGACAUCCAGCUGGCUCGCCGCAUCCGUGGAGAGCGUGCUUAA